CCCAGGACAUAUGGAUCACCCAUGAAUGCUCACCUGUCUCAUCAUCCAGCCUCCAGCCAGGCCAACGGGCUCUCUCAGGAGGGCUCCCUGUACCGCUGCCGAGAGGAGAACGUAGGUCACUUUCAGGCUUUGCUGAUGGAGCAGAGAGGCAGUGGAAGUGGCAUGGGGGGGCCACCCCAGGACUUAUAUAGACCCUCUGGAAUGCAAAUGCAUCAGGCUCAAGUUCCCUUCCCGAAGAUGCCUACAGCAACCAUGUCCCGGGAAGAUUUGACCUCGCAAAAACCGUCAGCGUUGCCUCUGGAUCAAAGCUAGUCUGAGGAAGGAAGGACCUCAUGAAGACGAAAGCCACACAUGAUUUGAACAACGGGGAGGAGGGACAGGCCUUCCUCCCACCCUCCCCUCUCCGAGCAGCAUGUAGCUUCCUGGGUGUGUGGAGCAUGGUGCCGUGACAGCUGUUGUGUUGGAAACUGGAGCGGUGCUGGGCCCAGCCAGCCGCGCCGCUGGCCCAACGCCGCAGGGCCAGCACAGCAAGAGUGGCUUUCCGUGAGCGGAGACUGCGUCUCUUUCAGGGUUUGAGGGAUUUUUUGGGUGGGGAGGGAGGGGGCGGGGGCAGAAACGUUCAUUGACUGCGAAACUCAGGUAUAUUUUUCAGGGUGGAAGAGGACGAUGAUGGAAUUUUACUCGUAGUAUUAACGUGUGUGUUUUGGAGCUGGAUCCAGUUUACAGAAUUUAACCUGUUGC